GCUAGACUACACUUCGUUUUGGUCACUGUCUACUUGCAUAUUGAAUAUGUUUUGGGUGAGAAUAUAGAAGAAAAACUCCGAUUCAGAAUUCCCAUUGCAUUUGCAAGUGGUGAUGGAGCAUUUGCCACGAGAAUUGGUGUCGAACGUGUUCUCAAGGUUACCAGCGAAGGUGUUGCUGCUAUGCAAGUGCGUUUGCAAAUCCUGGUUAGAUCUCAUAACCGAUUCUCAUUUUGUUUCCAAUUACCCUCUUAUCUACAACAAUCUUCAGGGCCAAGAGGAACAUCUCUUGGUCAUUCGAAGACCCUUUUUUUCUGGCCUCAAAACAUACAUUUCUGUUCUUUCUUGGAACGUGAAUGACCCCAAAGAACUCGUUUCCUCCAAUGUUUUGAACCCUCCCUAUGAGCACAACUCUGAUUAUAAAUACUGGACCGAAAUCAUGGGUCCUUGCAAUGGCAUAUACUUCCUUGAAGGAAAUCCUAAUGUGUUGAUGAACCCAUCGUUGGGACAGUUCAAGGCUUUGCCUGAAUCCCAUUUCACAAGUCCUCAUGGGACUUAUUCCUUCACAGAUUAUGCAGGCUUUGGAUUCGACCCGACAACCAAUGACUACAAAGUUGUUGUCAUCAAAGACCUAUGGUUGAAGGAAACAGAUGAAAGACAACUUGGGUAUUGGACAGCGGAGUUGUAUAGCCUUAACUCAAACUCUUGGGGAAAACUUGAUGAUGCUGCUCUCCCACUCCCAAUUGAAGUUUGGGGUUCUUCUCGGGUCUACACUUAUGCCAACAACUGUUGCCACUGGUGGGGUUUUGUUGAAGACUCAGGUGUCUCAGAAGACGUUGUUCUAGCAUUUGACAUGGUCAAUGACUCCUUCAGGAAGAUAAAAGUGCCAAGAAUACGUGACUCUUCAGACGACAAGUUUGCAACUUUGGUACCCUUUGAGGAAUCUGCUUCAAUUGGUGUUGUUGUUUACCCCGUGAGGGGCACAGAAAAGUGCUUCGACGUGUGGGUGAUGAGAGAUUAUUGGAACGAAGGGUCGUGGGUGAAGCUGUACAGUGUUGGACCCGUUCAAGUGAUUUACAAGCUCGUGGGGUUUUAUGGGGGCAAUCGGUUUCUUUGGAAGGACAACAACGAAAGAUUGGUGCUUUAUGAUUCGGAGAAUACAAGGGAUCUUCAGGUUUAUGGAAAAUAUGAUUCCAUAAGGGCUGCAAAAUAUACAGAAAGUCUUGUUUCACUUCACAGGGGAAACGAGUUUAGUCACAAAUGUUUAUCAUGUACUUUGGUUCCUGAUCCUCUGCUACAUGAUAGUGAAUAUCUUAUUUCGUUUUAGAAAAUAAAACUUUGUUGCUUUUAGACAGUACUAGGUUCUUUGGUUUGUUUGCUUUGUUGCUUGUGGAUCACAUAAUGUAUUGGAUAUAUAUAUAUGUCAGCUUUCUUUGUUCAAAAGCAUGUGCUGGUUGUGGUAGGAUUUGGGUGUUCUCAAUGUUAGACUUUCGGACUUUUUAUUCAUGAAUGUGCAUCGGUUCCCUUUAGAGUUA